AUGGAGGGAGCAAGGUGUGCCUUAGAGACUGGGGCACUAUCUCCCCGUGUGGUGACGACUGAGAAGCUAGAGAUGCCAGUGCCGAUGGCUGCAUCCCCCUGGGCUCCACUGGAAGGAGCUGAGCCCCAGGUGGUGAACACAGAGGAAGAUUGCACCCAGGAGCAGGAGAACACCUCCAACCCUGAGAACCUCCAGCAUGACGGGGUGCAAGAGGAUAACUUUCAACAGAGGUUUAGACGCUUCCGUUACAAGGAUGCCGCUGGACCCCGUCAGCUGCUUCAGCAUCUCCGAGAGCUCUCCCGAAGGUGGCUGGACCCAGCGGUUCACACAAAGGAGCAGAUUAUAGAAUUGCUUGUGCAGGAACAGUUCCGGGCCAUCUUGCCUGAGGAACUCCGACCCUUAAUCCAGGAAAAGAAGACAGAUGUUCGAAUCACUGGGUAAGAUGCCUCCCACGGAAAGUGCACAAUGCUGUCAAGAAAUGGGCCAGGUCCUUGCUGAUGCCAGCGUGAGGUGGAUUUGAGCUACUAUUUGAUGCUUUUUUUGGAUCGUUUGAGGUUUUUUAAAAAGUUGCUGAAUGCACCUUUUCUUGGA